AUGGUAGCUCUGUCCUUGAAAAUCUGUGUCCGCCAAUGCAAUGUAGUGAAAACGAUGCAGUUUGAACCAUCUACUGCAGUGUAUGAUGCCUGUCGAGUUAUUCGCGAACGAGUGCCAGAGGCUCAAACUGGGCAAGCCUCUGACUAUGGAUUGUUCUUGUCAGAUGACGAUCCUCGGAAAGGUAUAUGGCUGGAGGCUGGAAGAACGCUGGAUUAUUACAUGCUGAGAAAUGGGGAUAUAUUGGAGUACAAAAAGAAACAGAGACCUCAGAAAAUACGUAUGUUGGAUGGUUCAGUGAAAACAGUCAUGGUGGAUGAUUCUAAAACAGUUGGUGAAUUGCUGGUUACCAUUUGCAGCAGGAUAGGAAUAACAAAUUAUGAGGAAUAUUCCUUAAUCCAGGAAGGCAUUGAAGAGAAGAAGGAGGAGAGUACAGGAACGCUUAAGAAAGAUAGGACAUUGUUGCGUGAUGAAAGAAAAAUGGAAAAACUGAAGGCAAAGCUUCAUACAGAUGAUGAUUUAAAUUGGCUAGAUCACAGCCGAACGUUUAGAGAACAAGGAGUCGAUGAAAAUGAAACACUACUGUUGAGACGAAAGUUCUUUUAUUCAGACCAGAAUGUAGAUUCAAGAGAUCCUGUUCAGCUGAAUUUGCUUUAUGUUCAGGCUCGUGAUGACAUUCUGAAUGGUUCCCAUCCUGUCUCCUUUGAGAAGGCCUGUGAGUUUGGAGGCUUUCAAGCACAGAUCCAGUUUGGACCUCAUGUAGAACACAAACACAAACCUGGAUUUUUAGACCUAAAAGAAUUCCUGCCUAAAGAAUAUACCAAACAAAGAGGGGCUGAAAAGAGAAUAUUUCAGGAUCCUGAUUGUGUUCUCUGUGCUGAAGUUGACAGAUAUGAUCAGUCUAUGUCCUUGGAAUGCAAAAGGGGUUUUGGAGUUGCCGUUGCUCCUCCCAGUGCUCCUCUGUGCAGCAAUGUCAAGGAGCACAAAAACUGUGGUGAGAUGACUGAAAUAGAAGCUAAAGUGAAGUAUGUGAAGCUAGCCCGUUCCCUACGGACCUAUGGAGUGUCAUUUUUUCUUGUUAAGGAAAAAAUGAAAGGCAAAAACAAGCUGGUUCCUCGUUUGCUGGGUGUCACCAAAGACUCAGUGAUGCGUGUGGAUGAGAAGACCAAGGAAGUGUUGCAGGAAUGGCCACUGACAACUGUGAAACGCUGGGCUGCCUCACCUAAGAGCUUCACUCUGGAUUUUGGUGAAUAUCAGGAAAGUUAUUACUCAGUACAGACCACUGAAGGAGAACAGAUCUCUCAGUUAAUUGCAGGUUACAUUGAUAUCAUCCUAAAGAAG